CGUGGCGUGAUGGGUGUUAGCCGGUUGUAACCGCCACCUCAUCUCUAUAGCUGAGCGUGAGCGGUGCAGUUGCUUGAGCUGGGGUCACUGAGUGGAAAGUCAGAAUCGCCAUGCAGGAUCCCAGUGAGGACUACGCAGGUGGCAGAACAGGGGUUGACGAAGGAGAAGGCUGUGAGGAUGGGCAGCAUAGGCCUCAAGCUGCCGAUGCCCAGGCUAGCUCUCAGAGUUUGGCGACUGAGGGUGACCACGACAACUCCCCUCGUGAGAGUGGCCCACAAGAUGCCGGCAGUCAGGCAGCUCCAGGCAGCUCCCGCCCUGUAGUGUCAGGAGUGUCAGCUGAAGAGGCAGCCAUCGUUCCCCAGGACGAGCAGGUGCCACUUCUCCCUGGACCCAGCGGAGAUGCUGCAACAACUACAAGUCGACUCCUGGAGUUCUCUGUGAGAGUGCCUUUCUCUUCUGCUGUGGAGGCAGACAUGGCCCGCAGGUCCUUGGUUGCCAACGCCCAGCGUCAGCUCUUAAUGGUUCCACAGGAGUACACUGUGAAUGACAGUAUCUUAGCUGUUAGGUGGACUACAGAAGACCCUGUUCUCUUCCGCAUUUCCAUCAAUAACUUCCUUGAUCAACUUUCUCUGGUAAUGAGAAACAUUCAACACCUUCAGUUUGUGGCUUUUAAACGAAGAAGAGAAAGAAGUCAUAAUAACUGAUCUGUUACCUGCUGUAAGACAAGACAGAAGCAUUUCAUGCUUUUGGUAAUUGUCACCUUGCCUUCAAAGUUCAAUGUUUUUGGUGCUCAUAUGCCCUCUAUAAGUCUCUUGAUAGGCUUGUUUCACUAUUGCUAAAGGAACAGGAUUAUAUAAACAUUCAUUGCUGAGCAAAAUACAACUGACGUACUAUG